AUGGCCGCCGUGCCUGGCCGCGAGCUGCUGCUAUUCAGACUCGGUUUCAGCGGUUCCUUGCUCUGUGUGGAGGGCUCAGAUGGGCAGCAACAGGUCGCAGCGACUCAGACCAGUCGACCCAGGUCAGCGCCUAAGUCUGGUGCUCGUGCGAUUUCAUCCGCAAGCGCUGUCGUCUUGAACGUUGGGCGCCAUCGCUGGAUGGCCUUGCACUACGAGCCGGGGCUCUAA